AAUAAAAUUCAUUAAUGGUUUCAAUUCGAGCGAGAGCAAGCUGACCAUAAUCGUGAUGACCCCUUUUAACGCUUCUUUUGGACAUGUUUACAUAGUUGCUGUAGAUGAAGGCUCGUAGCAGAUGGCCCAAACCAUCGACGGUACAAAUACGCAUGGACCCAUCCUAUAUUUCCUGCAGCUCCUUGUGGUCCUUUCUCUUCUUUAUCCCUUCCCUUUUUCGCUUAUGGGAGGGAGAAGAAACACAGAGCGAGAGAAAGAGAGAGGGGAGGAAGGGAGGGAAGGAAGAAGGGAAGAAGGGGCGGUUCAUAUCUCUUGGCUGGAGUGAUGGUGGGUUCCACUCACACAAGAGGGACCAAACUUGUUGUGUUUUGGAAGUGGAACAGAUCACAUCAUUGCGGAUAUUUUUCUAGGCUCAAAAACAGAGGGAUGUAUGGCGCUAAUAAUGGGCACCUUUCAAUUCAUUGGGUUAAUCGUACUGCUCAUGGUGGCAAUUUGUCAAAUCUUUGACCACGUUCCCUCGCACAAUGGACUCAACUUUGGAUCCUCCGUUUCAUUGGAACACGGUAGGAAAAUGGGUCAAUUCCAUCAAUCUCGGCAGCAGAUCCUCGUAAGGUCUCAAUCUCUACAUGAUCCCUUGAGCAAUGACAAAAGAUCAUCACCGAAGACUCCAAAUGAUGAUCCAAUGAGGAAGAGGCGCGACCUUCAGUGGUCCAAUGGUCGGAGAAGCCUCCAAAGUGGGUCAGGGGGGAUGCCACCCAAAUUUGGACAGAAAUUCGAGGCCCGCGUUCGGAUUCGAGAUCUGGACAGUCAAGAAACUUUCCAGUUUCUGGAAGAGAUCCUGGACGACAGUGUAACACUGAGACUGAUCCCAACGAGUUCUACGGAGAAACAGCACACUUGUGCCUAUAGUCGAGCUUCUGGCCUUGGUCACAAGAUCUCUGGAAUCUAUUGUGAGCCCACAGUCAAUCUUCCCAAUAAGUGCUUCGAACUUUCCCGUACAACCAAUGGAGUCACCAGUUCCAGACAAUUCCAAAUCAUUCCCUUGGUCGAUCUUCUUCAAUCCAUCUCCAAUUUGGGUUCGAAUUUCAGCAGCUCCACUUUUGGCUUUCAAGAGUUCCAUCUUUGGAACGUAGUCCUUCAAAACUUGCAGAUCGAAGGGAUCUUUCUGCAAACGAGAGAGAGGCUCGUGCCCUUUUCCAUUCGCGUGACGAAAAAUGACAUAGUUCCAACGAAAAAUGUCCAUGAGAGCCCCUUGGCAGCCUUCAGAGCCUCCACAGGGUACCUGCCAAGUUCAAACUUGGAGUAUACCAUUGACACAUUUACCGUAAUGACUCCAGAGAGGGAGGCUGAGAUCCGCAAGCAAGCAGCCUGGUCACCAGCUCCUUUGGGAGUGUUCUGCCCUCGACCAGAUAUCUAUCGUAGAUUGGUCCCGACGAUCCCGGAACAUUUCUCGACCGUCAUUGAGACAGUGGACAAGAAUGAUGCCCUGAUUUCGUACUCCGAACAGAGUUAUGAUUUCGAGAACAAGAUCGUGUCCAUGCAAUUCUCACCAAGGCCGCACAAAGUUCAGCAACCCAUAUUCUUCACACGCCUAUCAUCUGCUUAUGAUGAUUUCGGUAUCAAUACCCGGGCAUUCACCGUGAUUCAUGAUUUCAACACCGGGAUUCAGUACACACUCAAUAAACGAAGCGGGAAUUGUAGCACCCAAGAGAUCCCAUUGACCAGUCCGGACCUGGAAUUGUCAGAGUCCUCACAUAUCCGGUUGAAACAUGCCAAGGAUCUCUUGGAUGUAGAUCCUCUGCAAUUUAUGUAUUCUGGAGAGAGAAUUCUCAGAGGAGCCAAUUGUGAUGUCUGGGUGGCUGAGGAGUCCAGUUCUCUAGGGUAUCAAACCACGGAGUUGUAUUUCACUCGACCCGAUUGGAAUGUCUUCAUUGAGGAGAUCAAUGCUCAUCAAGAGCUUCCAAUGGGAAUCCGAACUUGUUACGCAACAAAUAAAACUGACGCCACUUUUAAUUACUGCCUUAUGAGCCACUAUAUUGAGUUCAAUCCAACGAAACCGAGUUGGCGACAUUUUGAUAUCGCGAGUUGUGUUCAUCCUAAAGAAAGGCUUUUCUUAAAAGUUUCAUUGGAUGUGACAUACAACCAGCUCAUCCAAUUCAACCUUCAAACUUCCAAAAACUCCAUUCAAAAUGCUCUUGCAGAUCUGGCCAAAGUUUCGCCACUCAGAAUUAUUGAUAUUCACAUGCUCAGCUCAAAGCUCCCAGAUUCGGGUAUCGAUGUUUGGUUUGUCCUCUUGGAGAAGAUAAAGUUUCCCCACAAUGAGCACGAGUCAGCUCAAAUGCCCGUUUUGACACGGAGAGUCCAAGUGCAGAUCAACAUGGCUGACGCCUACCGAAAUCUAGCUUUGGCACUUAGCCAACGCGAGGUUGCUGUCAAAUUAAAAGUCUCCAACGAGCGAGAAUUGUUGGCCCAUUUGAAGCGUCAAUCCCUGAAAAUAUCAUCAGCGGAUUCCCAUCCGGGCGCCGUGGGCUUGGGAAGACCCGGGUCUAUUCAUAACUUUCUGCGAGCUCACUACACAGCCGGAUCCAUGGCCGGCCUGGGGUUUUCCAUGGCCAUUUUUGGCAUCAGUCUGGGAAUCUUUUUGGGCUUCUUGCUUUGGAAACGAAGAAUCGGUAUGGUGCCGUAUUAUCUCCAAUCCUGACAUAGGGAUCUCAGCACCCAUCACAUGGGCCUGCUGAGUACUCCGGGUACCUUGGAUCCCGACCACAUCGCAUCCACCUUCAUUCUCGCCCAGCCCCCUAGACAUCAUUCGCAGGGCUUUGGACUGGACGAUCAACCCGCUUCUCCGCCUCCCAGAUACUAAUACCUAUCCUGUGUUAGUGUUGAAAAGUCAAUAAAUAUAUUGCUAUAUCA